UAAGUAAAUCUUUAAAAAAUCACUUAUAGAGCUUUAACUAUAUUUAGAGCUUUAACAAUAUAUAGAACUUUAACUAUAUAUAGAGGAUGCAAGUAUCCCACUCCAAACCUACCAACCAGAAUCUUCACAGGUGCACCUGAGCACAUGCAGUUUUAUGAGCUCGGAGGCAGGGGAGCAGUGGAAAUGGAGGGGCUGGGUGGGUGGAGGAGCCCAGGACUGGGCAAUUGAUAAAAGGUGGGGAAGGGAAGUGUCAGGACUGACUCCCAGGUUCUUGGCUUCAACAACUGAUUGCAAGGAGAGGCUGUUUACUGAAAUGGAGAACCUGGAGGAGAAGUACAUCAGGGGAAAGAUUAAGAGCUUGGUUUCAAAUAUGUUGAACUUGAGAGGCUGUUAGAUAUCCAAGUGGAGAUCCCAAACAGUCAGAGGAAUCACAAAUGGAUCCAGAUCCAGACGGACUUAGAGGAUGAUGUGUCUGAAGAUGGCAUUUGAAGAGGUGUGCCAGGGUGAGAUCAGCUGAGGAGACAGUGUGUGUUGAAGAAAGGAGAAGAUAGCCUCAUUUUAACUUAAUCACCUCUUUAAAGACCCUGUCUCCAAAUACAGUCAGAUCUGAGGUACUGGGGGUUAGGACUUCAACAUAAUGAAUUUUGAGGGGACACAAUUCUGCCUGUGGCAGGCAAUGAAGUCCAGUGAGCCCUGGGCACUGAGGGCACUAAGCACUUGGGGUGCACAGCCCAGAGUUCUGGCCUCAAGAUGGACAUGUGGGGGGUGGUGGAGCUUGUAUCUCCCCUUCAGCACCUGGCAGCCGCCCUGACCCCCUUGCCCACUCUUACCUACAGGCUCUCUAGUUGGUCAGAGACUCUCAGACCAUCCCGAUGUGCGGAAAAUUGGGUUCACAGGUUCCACAGAGGUGGGAAAACACAUCAUGAAGAGUUGUGCCCUGAGUAACGUGAAGAAGGUGUCCCUGGAGCUGGGAGGGAAGUCGCCCCUCAUCAUCUUUGCUGACUGUGACCUCAGCAAGGCUGUGCAGAUGGGGAUGAGCUCCGUCUUCUUCAACAAAGGGGAAAACUGCAUUGCCGCGGGACGGCUUUUUGUAGAGGACUCGAUCCACGACCAGUUUGUACAGAAGGUGGUAGAAGAGGUGAGGAAGAUGAAGAUCGGCAACCCUCUAGACCGGGACACCAACCAUGGGCCACAGAACCACCAAGCCCACCUGCAGAAGCUGGUGGAGUACUGCCAGUGCGGCGUGGAGGAAGGGGCCACGCUGGUCUGUGGUGGGAGUCAAGUCGCUCGGCCAGGUUUCUUCUUCGAGCCGACUGUUUUCACGGACGUGGAGGACCACAUGUUCAUAGCCAAGGAGGAGUCCUUUGGGCCCAUCAUGAUCAUCUCUCGGUUUGCUGAUGGGGAGUUCUUCCUGGGUUUUCCCUGCAGCGACGUGGACACUGUGCUGUCUCGGGCCAAUGCCACGGAGUUUGGCCUGGCUUCCGGCAUCUUCACCAGGGACAUCAACAAGGCCCUGUAUGUCAGCGACAAGCUGGAGGCCGGCACUGUGUUUGUCAACACAUACAACAAGACUGAUGUGGCCGCUCCCUUUGGAGGGUUCAAGCAGUCCGGCUUUGGCAAAGACCUCGGAGAGGCAGCCCUGAAUGAGUACCUGCGGGUCAAGACGGUUACUUUCGAGUACUGAUGAAAGGUCUCCUGCGAGAAAGCUCCCCUCUCCACAAUGUGUCCUUGCCCUCCAUAACCAGGCCUGAACCAGCCUGCCUUCUCAGGGAGAGACCAAGGCUGCUUCCCCGGAGUUCCUGCCCUCUCACCUCCUCCUGAGCAAGCAACACUUCCACAGGAAGCACUGGUGGAAGCCCCCUGCCUGCACCUCUGUCCCCACUGGGACAUCCUCACCCCUGUCUGAUCACAGUGGCCUUUGGCGAGGUGAGAAGGUGGCCCCAGGGUGAAUAAAGGUUCUGGCCAUUGGCAA